GCAAAUGAAAGCCCUCAGUACCAAGUUCAACCCUGUGGUAUGUUCCUUGCAGUGUGAGGGAUCUCUGCUUCCUGAUGAUGAAUGGGAGAGUUGUAGCCAGCUCUUAUCUUCUCAAGAAGGGAUCAUAGAAGUGAAGAAGGAGCAGGAACUGGUGUCCCCCCUGGUGGACUCUCAAGGCAUAAUGGUGAAACGCUAUGGAGGAUUCAUACGGAAGCCCGAUAAAAACAAAUUCCUUAAUGGCAAGCGAGAAAAUACAAGCUUCAGUAAAAGAUAUGGUGGGUUCCUGCACAAAUAUACACUACGAGACCUCCAGGAUUUGUCUUCCAAUUCAGAGACAAAGCUGGAGUCUCCAGAUGCUGAAGAGCUUGGCUGGUCUAGCCCUACCUGGGAGACGAAGGAUGAAAUGAAAAGAUAUGGAGGGUUUCUGAGGAAAUACCCCAAGAGAAGUUCAGCCCAAGAAGGAGAUUCAGAGCAGGGUCUAGAGAAAAAAAGGAGGCUACAGGAGGGACUAGAGCCAGGACAAGCCAUAGUGACAGGGCAGGAGAUAGAGACAGGGCAAGAGGUGGACUUAGAACAUGGGACAGCAGAACUAGAGAAGCGAUAUGGAGGAUUCUUGCGCAGAAUCCGCCCAAAACUAAGGUGGGACAAUCAAAAGAGAUAUGGGGGAUUCCUAAGGCGCCAGUUCAAGGUCAAUGCAAGGUCAGAAGAGGAUCCAACCAUGUUCUCAGGGGAACUGUCAUACCUAUAGAACAGAGGUGGUUGCUGUGGGCGAGAGGGGGUGGCAGCACCUACUCAAGUUGUCUCAAUCCUGUACCGAACAACUACACCCCCAAUCACCCUCCAAAACAACUACACCCCAAUCACCCUCCAGCCAUAACCCGCCCCCCGUGGACAUCAAUCACCCUCCAGCCAAUUCCCCCCAUGAUGGGAGAGAGUGAGAUGUAAUUACCAUUCCCCUGCCCACACAACCUGACACCUUGGUACUGAGAUGCCAGAGCUAUUAGACCUAUGGUGUCAACUAUGUUACAUUUCUCAAGCUCUAUCCUGUUUUUUUUGGAGGCCCAAUGAUCUCAGGAGCAUGUCAUAUGUGCAAGUUACCCAUGCCCCAGUAAUGGUACUCCCCUCUCUCCCUUAUUGCCUAUAUGAUAGGCAGAAUAGUCCAGCUUCUAUACUGCUAACUAAAUGCAUAUCUCAGUCCAUCAGAUGUCCUUCACAGUUUUGUGUGGAACAUGGCUCCACCUCGUGCCCCCCAAAGAGUAAAUCCACACAACGUCUCACAGACUACAAUGCCUGUUGUAAAAUAUGAUUGUAC